UCUGGCCACUCCCUCUAGCGUCCAGUCUGCGGGCCAUGGCGGCGCUGCUUUGCAGACGGUCACUCCCUCGGACGUGGCUCUGCAGGAGAGCUGGGCAGGGCUGUGGCCGGCACUACCGCGCCGCGCUUUGCGCCGAGCUGAAGCAGCCUCUGGCCAUAGAAGAGGUGGCCCGCCGCCCUGUCCGACCUCACGAGGUCAGAGUUGAGGUCCAUUUCUGUGGAGUCAACUUUGCUGACAUUUUGGUCUGUCGUGGUCAAUAUCAGGAGAAGCCCCCUCUUCCCUUCACACCUGGAAUGGAGUUCUCUGGGAUAGUACUGGAGACAGGCGCGGAUGUCAGCUCAGUGAAAGAGGGAGAACGAGUCAUUGGUCUGAGUGGCUUUAAUGGGAUGGCUGAAGAAUACAUCGCUGACCAGAAGACCUUGUGGCGGGUUCCAGAAAAGGUCUCCCUGCAAGAAGCUGCUGUCCUACCUGUGUCUUAUGGCACUGCUAUUUCGGCUCUAGAGCAUCGGGCCCAUACCCAGCCUGGAGAAACUGUUUUAGUAACCGCAGCAGCUGGAGCCACGGGCCUUGCAGUGAUAGAUGUGGCAACAAAUGUUCUUCAGGCCAAGGUAAUCGCUGCGGCCGGAAGCGAUGACAAGUGCAAGCUGGCGGUGCAGAGGGGUGCGCAGGGCAGCGUGAACUACAGCCAGGGCAGCCUGAAGGAGGCAGUGAGGCGGCUGGUGGGCAGCCGUGGAGUGGAUGUGGCCAUUGACAUGGUGGGAGGAGAGGUCUUCCUGGAGGCCCUCCGCAGCCUGGCGUGGGAGGGCAGGAUCGUGGUGCUCGGAUUUGCGGGAGGAAACAUCGCCUCUGUACCAGCUAACCUGCUGCUCCUGAAGAACAUCUCUGCCAUGGGCCUGUACUGGGGUCGGUACCAAGACCAGGACUUUCCCCUCUUCUCCAGGAGCCUGUCCUCGGCCCUCCAGUACUGCCAGCAAGGGCGCAUCCGACCAUAUGUGGGGUCGGUGUUUAAGCUGGARGAGGUCAAUGAUGCCUUCCUUCACGUGAUACAGCGCAAAUCCACGGGCAAGGAAACCUGCAGUGGCUCACUGUGGCUUGCACGGUGCAGUUCAGAGCCCUGGAACCAGCAUUGGACUAUGGCCGUGAUUUUGCUGUCUCUGUUUUCCAGCCCAUGUCUGUAGUUCCUCAGUCCCUGAUCUUUUCCCUUCUCUCCUUCACUCUGUCAACACUGGCCGUCCUGACCCCUGAGGCCUCCUGUGCCCCUUUCCUCUUCCUCUGCUGCCUUCCGGUAGCUUCUCCUGCAGGAUCCUGUUACAUCCUGACUGWCAUAGGGUGUGGCCUGGGUAAGGGCCAAGAAGCGGGUCUGAAUCCACUGUGGAGGUAUUACAUUCAUUUUUCUCAGUGCAAAGGGGCUAUUCCAUACAAUGUCUACCUCCCAGAGCUACUGUGAGCAAUACCGGCAGGGAUAGGGGAGUGCACCUGGUAGGCAGUAAGGGAUUAGCAAAAUGAAAGUAAUCAGCAGAUUACUUAAUUUCUUUCUUUCCUCCGUUCCCAGUAAAUUGUAAGCUCCUUGAGAACAAGUAUCAUGUCUGAUUCACUUUUUUUUUUGACUUCUCACACCAUCUCCCAUAGUGACUGAACCUGGGUAAAUGUGAAACACUUUGAACUGAAUUUGAAUGACCUGAAGCUCUUAAAUCAUAGGAUUAAAUUAAAAACAUAUUGCUCUGGAGACAACCCAAAUGUCCAUCAGUUGGUGAAUGGAUAAGUAAAAUAUWGUAUGGACAUACUGUGGAAUAUUAUUCAGCCUUAAAAAAAGAACAAGACUUGGAUACCUGCUACAACGUAGAUGAAUCUUGAGAAUGUUACAUGUGAAAUAAGCCAGAAAUAAAUAGACAAAUACUCCGUGAUUCCACUUAUAUGAGAACCUAGUGGAGUCAGUUUGGCAGACAGGAAGUAAAACGGUGGUUGCCAGUAGGAGGGGAAAAAUGGGGAGUUACUGAAUGGAUAUAGUUUUGGAGUGGGAAGGGGAAGAGGUUUUGGAGGUUGAUGGUGGUGACGGUGGCAUGACAGUGGGAAUGCACUCAGUGCCGCUGGACUAUACAUGUAAAAUGCUUAAAAUGGAAAAAAAGGUUAAAAUAAAAAU